CUGACAUCUAUAUCCUAUAUACCUUCGCUACUGUUAUUCAUGUGAAAUGGUGUGUUGGAUGGCUGUGCGCUGCUUGCUCUACCUGGUGUGUAUGUCACUGACGUAUUACGUUGAUGCUAACCAUUUUCGUGGAGGAACUAUAAGCUGGCACCCGACAGGAAAAGGAUAUGAGGUUGAGUUAAAGUUCAGAAUGGGUUGGACAUAUGGCAACGGACCUGGCUGUACUAAAGCUAAAAUUGGACAGUUGGUUACCGGGAUGACGUCAUCAUACUGGAUGUGUGACGGUUGUACGCCAAAACAUAUCUCGAAUCUGAAUUACGUUUGUACAGGUGCUAGUAGUACAGAGGACUGGGAGCAGGGCGAGCGAUCAUUCGCAUAUACCUUCCCGGGGCCUGGACCAUACACAGUGUCAUUUACUGGUGGUGCUUGGAUGGCACUAGAUUACGGCAGUCCUUCUAGCUGGAACAUCUCUACGACGGUCGACUUGAGGAAACGGAGCGACACUCAGCGGCCAAACCAGAGUCCAAUCACUGCCAGCAAACCUCUAUACAGAUUGCAGAGUGACUGCUCACACAACUUGAAGAUUCCGAUGAUAGACGCUGACGGGGAUGACGUCAGAUGUCGGUGGUCGCGGGGAACAGAGUGUGCCAGUGUAUGUAAGGCACUCCCAGACGCCACUCUCGACAGGGAUACGUGUACGAUUCACUUCACAACAGACACAUCCAAAACCUACAAACAAGGGGGCUGGUAUGCUGUGGCAAUAACCGUGGAAGACUUUCCUUCGACCAGCAUAACGGUCGGUGGUGCUGUAUACGGCCCUACUCGGCCACUCUCUGUUGUCCCUCUACAGUUCCUAAUCACCGCUCCUCCACUAGCCGGAAGUUGUACUGACAGGCCUGUGUUUGUGGUUCCGACACCUCAGGAGGGAGACGUUAUUUCAAUCAAGGAAAGACAACGUUUAAGUAUCAAACUGUAUGCCUCAUCAACAUCUAGAAUAACUGACAUUCAGUUAACAGCACCGUCUGGACUGACCCAGUCCCGUCUCACCAGCGAUCCCGGCAAUCCUGGGGUUUGGUACGUCACCGUCACGUGGACGCCUACUUUCGCCCAAAAGGGUAGCCAUAUCCUUUGUGCUAUGGCGGACGACAUUCGAGGAAAGACGAGCGACCCUAGGUGUGUGACACUUCUGGCAUGGGAUAGGGAUCCAUGUGAUUUGUUCCCCUGUGAAAAUAAUGGCACGUGUUCAAGAGUGGGAUUUACGGAGGACUUUAUAUGUGCAUGUGUACCAGGAUUUACCGGAAGUGUGUGUGGCACAGAUAUAGACGAGUGUCAAAGUAGCCCCUGUCAGAACGCUGGCUAUUGUCUGGACCUUAUCGCCAGGUACGAGUGUCGCUGUGACGCGGGGUACACAGGUGUAAACUGUGAGACAGAUAUUGACGAGUGUUUGAGUCAACCUUGUCUUCACGCUGGAUCCUGUGUCGACCAUGUCAACCACUUCACCUGUAUGUGUACAGGGGGUUACACGGGACGCCUCUGUCAGACUGAGAUUAAUGAAUGCCUCAGUAAUCCGUGUAUGAACAACGCUUCUUGUGUCGAUUUGUUGAAUCAGUACUACUGCGCAUGUGUCGACGGCUUCGUCGGUGUAAACUGUCAAACAGAAGUGGACGAGUGUGUCAGUUCUCCCUGCCUGAUGAACGGAACCUGUGUUGAUCUUGUCAACGGAUUCAAGUGCCUCUGUCCGGGCGGUUGGACCGGGGAGUAUUGCCAGACAGGCCUUCCAAGUUGUGAUUCUGCUCCUUGUCUACACGGAGGGUCCUGUGAGAAUGUCCUUCAUGGUUUUGUUUGUCACUGCCCGACACCGUGGCAGGGAAAGAUUUGCGAGUCCCGUCCAGUACCAAUGGGCAAGAAAUGCACAGGCCUGCAGUAUACUGAGUGUGACUGCUUUAUUAACUCCAAAAAAGAAAAUCGUGACCGGAACUACAAGCUUGAGUUUGGGGCUGGCGGGGCGGCAGUUGGUCUGGUCACCAGUCUGUUGGCUUAUAGUUUAUGCAUUGUCUGUCAACGUAUGGGAUCCAGUCACUUAGUAGGUAACCAUAUCACGCAAGUUCAUCCUAUUUCGUCAAGGGAGUCAGUGACGUCAACAACAACAAACUCGUCUACAGCAUCCUCCCGACCACUGAGGAAAACGCCACAACCAUGCAGAUCAAGAAAACCAACGCCAGCGUCACACACACCUUUUGAAUUCCAUUAUGAUCAUGACGAAACACCAACACCUUCAUCUGGCACCAGGGUCACUCUAAAGGAGGCAGCUGCGUAACGCAUUGUACUACUAUACUAAUUGGACAAUGAUGUAUUCUAUAAUGUAUCAUUGUCCCAUUAUUGUACAACUGUAUAAACUGUAUACUAAUAAGUAUCGAGGAACUGUAAUCAUGUCAAAGUUCUGCAAUCACAGCAAAUCGACAUGUAGUGGCUAUGGUCUUGUUCGUUUGGUUGAUGUUUUGUACGUUUUGUUGAUGUAUUGUUGCAAUUGGUGUACGUAACCAGAGAUGACCCUUAAUGGAAGGAUUUUUUCACGAAAAAAUCUCUUGGUCUGUUUUAAAGAUGGUCGAGGCAUACAUGUAAUAAGCAUAUUUAUAUUCCUCACAAAAAAAAAAUAAAGAAAAUCUUUCUCUGACGUGAAGAAUGCCAUCAUUUUGUAUUUCCAGCCAUUUUCCCAGGUUGUCUCCGUUUAAGGAGCACUAUAUUUUGGUGGUUUAUGGUAAAACUUAAGAAGAACCUGAUAGUUGAGUUUGAUGAAAAAAUUUGAGCAUUUUGUUGUGGUUGUUUAUGAUAAAACAAGGAACACCAGGUUGUGGGCGUUUAGUAUAAAACUAAAAGAGCACUUCGUGGGUGUGGUGGUUUAUGAUUAAACUACAGGAUCAUUUUGUUGUUGCGGUUCAUGAUAAAGAUUAAGGAUAUCAUGAUUGUAGUUAUGGUAUAAUUAUAUAUGUGUGUGUAAUCAUUUAUUCAGAUUUUACAUAUUAAUGACCUCACGUCUUUUUUUACAAUUAGCACUCGGUUACAAGCUAGCCGAGGAGAUAUGCGAUAACAGAAGCACAUUUCAUAAGUGAUAGCUGGAUUUUUUUUAAUGUUUUAUAUGUUGUAGUAUUGUUUCCUACUGUUUGUCUUUGUUAUAUGUUGUAGUAUUGUUUCCUACUGUUUGUCUUUGUUAUAUGUUGUCCCGUUGUUGUGAUAUGUAAGUGUUCAUGUUUCUGUCUGGAGUAGGGACGGAUCGCCCUGACAAUUUGACCCAUUCCUUUGUUUGCACUGUCAUUAUUACUUCUUUGCUUACAUGCAAUUUGUAUAUAUUUAAGGAUCCAAUGGACAUUUAUUUGUUCGGAUCCAGUGCCCAUAUUGUAUCAUACUGUCGUUAUUAGACCUUCAUGUAUAUUGUCUGUUGUAGUGGUUUGUGAUAAAACUU